AUGGGUAACGGGAUGUCGUCCUUGCCCCUCGAUAGCAUGCGCGGGCUGCUAUCGGGCAUUUCGUCACUAGUUUCUUGGAAGACGAUGGCCCUGAUCUUGGUUAUCAUUAAUCUGAAGAACAUGCCUCUGUUCUGGCACGUCCGCAUCCUCUACUACUUUGUGAGAAACAUCCGCUGGCGUGUUCAGGACCCCCACUUCCCUCGGGGGAAAGCUCUGGUCACACACACCGGCAAGCCCACACACCCAGUAUUCGUCUCGUACUCCAUCUCCUCCCGCGCGCCCAUCCUGGAGACAGACUACAACCAACACAAGUCCAACAGCACGUAUUUCUCCGACCUGGACAUCGCGCGAACCGCCCUGGUCACCCGGCUGUACAGCCCCGGCGCCUCCAUCGUGAGCCGGGAACUCGACGCGGAGCUGCUCGAAGCCAGCCAGCGGGACGGCACGAAGCCGCCCAAGCGCAGGGGCAUCUACGUGGCCCUUGGUUCGGUGUACUGCAGCUUCAAGCGCGAGAUCAAGCCGUUCGAACUGUACGAGAUGGAGAGCAAGGUCAUCGCCUGGGACCAGAAGUGGAUGUACGUCAUGACGUUCUUCCUGCGGCCAGCCAGCCGCAAGGGCGGCGAGAAGACCCUGUUUGCGACUGCGGUGAGCAAGUAUGUGGUCAAGAAGGGGAGGCUGACUGUUCCGCCGGAGCGGGUGCUGCGGGCCAGCGGUUUUCUGCCCCCGCGGCCGGCGGGCUCUGCUACCCCUGAGGUUGCGGAUUCGAAUGAACCGUCUGGGGUGGGCACGCCGGCUGGGGGGGAGGGACUCCCGGCGAAUGUGUCAGGGGUGGAUGGGUCGCUGGUGAGAGAGGUGCUGAAGCUGCAGGGGGAGGAGAAGCCGGAGCAGAGUGCUGCUGAGCAGAAGAGUAAUGCUGAGACGUGGGAUUCGGGCGAGUGGACGUGGGAGCGGAUCGAGCAGGAACGGUUGCGUGGGUUGACGGUCGUGGAGGGAUAUACCACGAUGGAUGCGAAGCUGUACGAGGAGUGGCAGCAUUAG